AUGCAGACCACCGGGGCAUUACUUAUUUCUCCAGCUCUGAUCCGCUGUUGUACUAGGGGUCUAAUCCGGCCUGUGUCUGCCUCCUUCUUGAAUAGCCCAGAGAAUUCAUCUAAACAGCCUUCCUACAGCAGCUCCCCACUUUAGGUGGCCAGACAGGAGUUCUAGAAGGUUGUCUCCUGGGACAUUGACACCGCAGCCAAGUUUAUUGGUGCUGAGGCAGACACAGUUGGUGUGGUUGGUUCAGGGGCUGGCAUUGGAAUAGUGUUUGGCAGCUUGAUCAUUGGCUAUGCCAGGAGCCCAUCUCUUAAGCAGCAACUCUUCUCCUAUGCCAUUCUGGGCUUUGCCCUGUCUGAGGCCAUGGGGCUCUUCUGUUUGAUGGUCGCCUUCCUUAUCCUCUUCGCCAUGUGA